AUGGGAUCCUACUCAGCAGAGCCUGCGAAGCCCUGGGUUGAGACACCAUGCUUGUACUCUCCCCAAGUCUCACGCGCAGCUGGCUGCAACAUCUACCUCAAAUUAGACAACCUCCAGCCAUCAGGCUCAUUCAAGUCCCGAGGCAUCGGCAACAUGAUGCAGCGCGCCAUAGCGCUCACGCCGAGGGACGACGUACACUUCUACUGCCCAUCGGGGGGCAACGCCGGGCUGGCGUGUGCCACAUCUGCCGCAUCACUCGGCAAGCCCGCCACCAUCGUGGUCCCGAUCAAGACCCCGGCACACAUGGUUGAGAAGCUCGAGGCGCUAGGAGCCGAGGUGCUGCGCCGGGGCAACAGCAUCGCCGAGGCGGACGCGUACCUCAAGUCGCAGCUGCUGAUCAACGACCCGAACGGCGUCUACGUCUCGCCGUUUGACCACCCCGACAUCUGGGAAGGCGCCUCGAGCAUCGUCGACGAGAUCACGACCCAGAUGAGGCUGCAGCCGGGAGGGCCCAAGGAUACCGACGCCAUCGUCUGCAACGUCGGCGGCGGCGGCCUGCUGAUCGGCAUCAUGGACGGACUGGACCGCAUCUACUGUGGCCGCGCCUCGCAGCAGCCCCGGGUGUUGGCCGUCGAGACGCGGGGCGCCGAGAGCCUCGACGCCAGCAUCCGCGCCGGCAAGCUCAUGACGCUGCCAAACAUCACUUCCAUCUGCUCGUCGCUGGGCGUGGCCAGGGUGGCGAGCCGCGCCUACGAGUGGACCAAGGCCGCGGCCGGCAGGCUCGUUACGACGGUGGUGGACGACGCCGACGCGGUUAUGGGAUCCGUCAAGUUCCUGGACGACGCGAGGCUGCUCGUUGAGGUUGCUUGUGGCGCUACCAUCUCGGUCGUGUACAACGGCCAGCUGAGGCAGAAGCUGGGCAAGGGCAUGAGCGACGCCGAGUGGGCCAAGCAGAACAUAGUGCUAGUGGUGUGUGGUGGCUCGCACACCACGCUUGAGGCGCUCUUGAGGUACAAGGAAGAGUUUGGAGUAUAA